GCUUAUGAGAAGCUCAGAAGCAAUCAGAAUGCGUUCCAACAAACCAGUUUCUGUGCAGAUACUGAACUGUCUGUUUACUGUCCUGCUUACAUCAUGUCCCUUAUCCUUAGUCUUCUUCACCCUCCUAUCUCUGGUAGCAUCCACGCAUGCCCUGGAAAUUAUCUGGGCAGUCAACGCUGGAGGUCACUACCACAUAGACGAGAACGGAAUCCAGUACAUGGAAGACCCGCUUCGCAUAGGAACUCCCUCUGACUUUGGAAAAGCAUUAUCAAUAGGUCGAGUAUCUCGCAACGACGCAAUCUUGUAUCAAACUGAGAGAUAUCAUACAAAUUCUUUUUCUUAUGAGGUAAAUAUGCCGAAAGAGGGAGACUUCGUUCUGGUUAUGAAGUUCGCUGAAGUUUAUUUCACAUCUUCUAAGCAGAAAGUGUUCAACAUAGUUCUAAAUGACCAGCAUAUGGUUGUGAGAGACUUGGACAUUUUCGAUAAAGUGGGCCUAGGUCGAGCUCAUGAUGAAAUCAUCCCAUUCACCAUCAGAAAUGGGAAAUUGGUAGUUAUCAACGAAGCUUCUACGUUCAACAAUGUUCUCAAAAUCACGUUUGUCAAAACCCAUUACGACAAUCCUAAAGUGAACGCCUUUUACAUUGCUCGCAGUCGACCCGAAGACGUGCCGAAGCUGCCUGCACUGUUUGCAGACCAGGACAUUCACAGUCAGCAGAGAAGAAAGGAUCCGUUUGAAGAGGCGGAUACUGACAUUACCUCAGAGAAGCAGAAGACUAAAUUCAACAAACGGUCUGGACCAAUCGUGGAGGACCCGUACGCGGACCAGGAGGGCAAUUUUUUCUGGCCAAUUUUCUGCUCAGUUGUCGCUUUCAUCCCAAUCCUCAUCUGCCUCUGCAAAAUGUAACAAAAAGUCAAAAAUAUAUCUCAUCAGACGCGAGCUUAUUCGCCAACCAUAAACUACAAUGGGACGCCGCAAACAUAUUCGCCAAGAUAAACUACAAUCGGAUGCCAUUUCAAUUUAAAAACGAUCGUCCUUUUCAAAACUGCAGAAGCAUAACGCGCUGCUCUAAACUAGAUGUCCAUAUGUUGUUUCGUUCGUAUUCCUCUUUCUGUAUAAAUUCGCUUUUAACAAUAAACCUCCAAUGAGUGCAGUGUUUUGGCUGUUGUGUUUGUUCUACCUUUCGUAUCGUAAGUGUCGUGGCGUGAUGCUCAAUUAUCAGCCAUGAGUAUCAUAUACGGAAUACAUAGGGAAUCAUUACUAACAUAAAUUGCUAUUACAAUUGUUGUUCUGAUUUUCGCAAAAUAAAUAGCGAAAUAAAACUCGGAAAAAU